AUGUUGGCAGUCUCAAGAGUCUGCCAGGCUUGUCUCUAUUUCUUCCGUUUCUUUGCCCGCCCCUCUUCUUGGCCUUUGUUAGGUGGUGGCUUUGCUUCCUUUCGAAGGAACUUUGGUCCAUGGGGUGAGAGAGAUCUGGCUCAAUAUUCAGGGCUUUGGGUGGAGACGGAUGUUGUGACUGAGCAGCCUUUGUUUCAUGCCCCAUUUGCAGUUCAUAUCCAGUUGGGCGAUCCUUCUCGCUAUGAUCAUGGAGCAGCAUUUGCGAUUCCCUCAGGUCCUGCCGGAUCAACAUACUCAGUGUUUCUUCCCUUCGGGUGGUUCACGAAACAGCUCCGUUGGAGCUGCAGGGGAUGCACACUUGACACGGGGCGAAUCAAUGAUCUCUCUGUGUAUGCCCUUUACCAGGAAGGCCCGUUCAAGUUCAAGAUUCGUCAGAUUCGUGCUGUACGAGACUCUGAAGUGCCGGCUUUUGGGCAAGCCAAGACCCUCACUACUGCCAGCAACAUCUCGAGUAGUGUCCAGGAGAUUUCCCGGGUGGCAAUGGCUUCGGCUGAGCGCUAUCCUGUGAAUCUGGGAGGAGACGCUGCCUGGAUUUAUCGCAAAGCCUUCGACCACAUUUUGGCCGCCUAUGAAGGAGUGAGUUUUCCAAGUGAUGACAGGUACCCGGCUGUUGCGCAUGGCGAUUGGGCUGCAACAGCCAUGGGCAGCGACCAAGUUCCUCAGCUUUCCACCACUUCGCUGGAUAGAGACAUGGAGCAGCAACUCGCCCUGAACUCCGCAGGGCAGAAAAGCUUGAAAGGACUUGGCUUUAUUUUUGUGAUGCUUGUGGUUGGGAAUGCCCAAUCUUGCUGGUCUUGA